CAUGAACAGUGUGGCUAAGCCUGUGGCCCAACCUGUAUCUGCUCUGGAUUCUGCCGUGGAAGCUGGUGCUGGGGCCGUGGAAGCUGCCGCUGGGGCAGUAGAGGCUGGUGCUGGGGCCGUGGAAGCUGGGGUUGGGGCCCUGGCCAGCCCAUUCUUCAGCCGCUUCAGUAUCCUGAAAUUCAUACUGGCAAGCCUGGGCAUCCCUGUGCAGCACCUCAUCGAGGGCUCCCGCAAGUGUGUGACUGAACUGGGCCCAGAAGCUGUGGGCGCCGUGAAGUCACUACUGGGGGCCCUGACUUUCUAUGGAUGAACUGAAGCUGGAGUAGUUCCCAGAGAACAAGGUGCCGCCAACCCUGAGAUGGAAUCCCUGUUGCCCAGUCCGCAGCAGCCACACCUCCCCUAUUUCCCUUAAUAAAAAUGG